GAAACAAAAGGCAAAGAGGGAGGAGGAAAAGAGCGUGGCUCCCGUGUCUUCGUCUCUUCCGACUCUUCGAUACCACCGGCAAUCCGUUUCGUCUCGGUCCGGGCGGCGUCUGAGGCGCAAGGUUCCAGCUCCACUCCUCCGUUGGCAGAUUUUGGUGACGCGUGCUUAGUGCAGGGGUUAGGUCUAGAUGAUUGCGGAGGAUUGCCGGAUUGGUGAUGUAUUAUGAAGCUGAUUUGAUGAAAAACCGCGUUUGUGCAGGGGACGAUUCUCUCUCUCUCCUCUGAAGAGGAUAAACGUGCAACUAUCACGGCAACCACUUUGAAGAGGAGGAGGAUUACGAAAUGAAGGAUGAUCCAGCUGAUGACAUGGUUGGUGAGCACCACGAGCAAGGGGUUCUGGACUCCAAUCCAGAGGAUGGUGAUUACUGGCAAGCGGUCCCAGAUCCUUCAUCAGCGGAGGCGAGAAAAGGAAAAGACAUUCAAGGAAUAGCCUGGGAGAGGCUAGCUAUAACUCGUGAAAAUUAUAGGCUGGCCAGAUUAGAAGAGUACAAAAAUCAUGAGAAUGUACCCAACUCUAGUGAAGAAGCAAUAAAGGAUUGCAAGCCAACAGAGAAAGGUGGAAUGUAUUAUGAGUUCAAACAAAAUAUUAGAUCCAUAAAAUCAACUAUUCUACAUUAUCAGCUGAGAAAUUUGGUGUGGGCUACUUCUAAGCAUGAUGUCUACUUUCUAUCAAAUUACUCAAUUCAUCACUGGUCGGCAUUGAGCAGCGUGGAUACUGAACUUAUGAAUGUCGAAGGACAUGUGGCACCAACUGAGAAGCACCCGGGAAGUUUAUUAGAGGGUUUUUCUAAGGUUCAAGUCAGUACCUUUGCAGUCAAAGACAAUUUGCUGGUAGCUGGUGGUUUUCAAGGAGAGAUAAUCUGCAAACACCUUCAUCGGGAAGGAAUUAGUUUUUGCUGCCGAACUACUUAUGAUGACAAUGCUAUUACCAAUGCAGUUGAGAUAUUCAAUGCCUCUAGUGGCGCGGUUCACUUCAUAGCAUCAAGUAACGACUCUGGUGUGAGAGACUAUGACAUGGAGAGAUUCCAACUCUGCAAACAUUUUCAGUUCGAAUGGCCAGUGAAUCAUACUUCAUUGAGUCCUGACAGAAAGGUGGCCAUUAUUGUGGGAGAUGACCCUAAUUGUUUACUUAUCGAUGCCAAAUCCGGAGAGAUUCUUCAUUCGAUGAAAGGUCAUCGGGACUACUCAUUUGCAUCGGCUUGGAGCCCAGAUGGGCUAACAUUUGCCACUGGCAACCAAGACAAGACGUGCCGGAUUUGGGAUGUGAGGAAGCUCUCAAAACCCGUCCAUGUUUUGAGGGGUAACCUCGGAGCCAUCCGGUCGAUUCGCUUCACCUCGGAUGGCCGGUUCAUGUCUAUGGCGGAACCAGCUGACUUUGUGCACGUCUUUGACGUGAAGAGUGACUACAACAGAAAGCAGGAGCUGGACUUCUUUGGUGAGAUAUCCGGCGCGUCUUUCAGCCCGGACACCGACGCACUUUUCGUCGGGGUCUCGGAUAGAGCGUAUGGCAGCCUGCUUCAGUUCGGCCGCCUGUAAUUCCUAAAAAAAUGGUGAGUUGUGACUGGUGAGGCUUGAGGUUGUUCGUUGCUUCUCAAAAAAAUAUGUAAUUUAUGACCUGUUGUAUGAUCUGGAAUUCUACUUGUCAAUUGUAAUGUUGUAAAUUCGUAGCUCCAGCUCAACUCAACGGUGUUAUUGUACGUAUUGUGACUGUUAUAUUACACUAUGGCCGAGUUCAUAUCAAUCAUCAUUUAGAUUAA